AUGGCUUCCAAUCAACAUAAAGUAGACAGACAAAACAGUGAAGAAUCAGCAGAUAGUUUGAAAACUUUGAACGAAGACCUACGUAAUCAUUUAGUAAAGUUACGAAGUCAACUCGAGUCUCAGAAAGGCAGUAUCAAACAAGCUCAAUGGCAGAAAGUUUUGAACGUUCGAAAUGUUCGAGAAUUAGAGCAAGAAAAAUAUGCUCAAUCUAUGGACAGUUUGCGUUCAAAACUAAAAGGUGAAAAAAAUCGAGAACUUGAAAAUUUGAGAACGUCACUUCAAUUGAGACAUGAAAGUGAAAUGUUGAGAUUGGUGCGGCAAAAAGAUGUGGAAAUCACCAAACUGGGACAAGAGCUUGAUUUAAAAGAGCGUAUGCUGCGUAAACUUUUAGGAGAAAACAGAAGAGGAUCCCUAAAUUUAACGCCAUUUGCCAAACGGAAUAAACUUUUGAAUGAACUGUCAGAACUAAGAACAUGCAAGAAAGAACUUACAGAAACAUUGGAACAAGUUAAUGGUGCUGAAAGACAACAUGAUUUGGAAUUAAGAAGAACUGCUGAUAGCUGGGAGUCAGAACUACAGAGAAUUCGAAGAGAUGCUCAUUUGGAAAUCAAGAACUUGGUAUGGUUAAAGAUUUUUUUAAAAAUAGAUUAA